CGCGUCUGUCGGUUGUAGCACAACGUCUUCUUGCCGCUCGUCGAUUCAGCUGCUGGUGUGUUAAUUUUUAUUAAUAGAACAUCAUUGUUUCACCGAGAAAACCGUUCAUUCUACUACUAACAACCUUCCACGUUUACGAUUAUCCUCCUGGAUACCCAAUUGUUGCGUGCGUUUGGUGGCGACAAAAAACUAAGUGUGCGGUGCAAAAUUGGUUCGAGCAUUUUCCGCCAUCAGCAGUCAACCGAAUGUGCACAUGGGGUUUGGUGUUGGUGAAUUUUUAGCCGCGUCGCAUCGUACAAUCGAGCAACAAUAAAGCGGAACUGUUAUCAUUGAAGGAUUUGUUGACUUAACAAAAACCCUCUUUAAACGAAACAAAAUCGUUCGAAGUGCAUUUAAUAUUGGCUACGCCACGAGCUAGUACCGUUCAAAUAAAUAAAUCAGUCAACUAAGUUGUUUCCAAGAGAGGAAGUUAUUUGAUUGUGCCCGUGUGUAAAAGUGGUGUACAGUAGACGCAAGUGGGAAGUUUUACUUUCUUCUUCAAAACUGUUACCGGUUAGGAGAAAUUGUAAAGCGGACUGACAUAAACGAUCCCGUUUCCACCGUCGGUCGUUGGUGCACGAUGCUUUCAAGAGGUACUUCAGCACAGAAGUGUGUUAUCUCAUCACUGGCCAGUAAUAAUACUAAAACAGUACGCUCGCCAUACAGUGCACGUCCUUCCGCCGACGAGAGUGACAGUGGUAUGAUGUUAUAAAAACGGUUUCUGGUGACGUGUCGUGUCCCUGCACACCAUCUUUGGAUUUGUCAGCUGUUCGAACGCUGCGCGUUGGUGGACGCUUCCGCUUUUUUUCAUCCCGUAUUACCAAGUACCGGAACAAGCACGCGUAGUAUGUGCGUGUGUGUUUGUGCUGCGUGACGUAAGCUGUUAAAAUUCCACUUUCGAUUAAUUUUAACCGCCCCGUUGGCAACCACUUACGUCCAUCGAAGAUCGCCAUUUUAUUGGUGAAAAACUAAUGUUGAACGUGAAUGCUUUUUUGCGAAUGCCGUCGGCGUACUCGUUGUGAGUUGGUUGAGCCAGUUGAACAGUGGAAGUGAACGAAAGUCGACGAACAGCAGUGUGUGACCUGUAGUUGUAAACGAUGUCCUUUCGUUCUGUAAGGUGCAUCUAGUAACCCGUGCGCAAUCUGUGGUUAUGAGUUGUGGCCACAAUUGAAGCGAAGUUGUGUGCAGAAGAACGCCAGAAGAAGCAAAGGCAGAAAGAGUUGAUUAAUAGUGCAGCGGUUGGUUGAAAACACAGUCAAAAUGUCGGUACAAGCGAAAAGGCAACACUGCUACUUGUGCGACCUGCCGCGCAUGCCGUGGGCAAUGAUCCACGAUUUCUCCGAAGCCGUGUGCCGCGGGUGCGUCAACUACGAAGGCGCUGACCGGAUAGAACUGGUGCUGGAUACGGCCCGCCAGAUGAAGCGCAUCCACUCGGGUGCCACAGGCGGCAGUAGCGGUGCCGGCGGUAGCGGCAGUGGCAGUGGAAAGCGUGGCCACGAAAACGGUGAAUUGUCCCAUCGGUCGGUGCCGACGGCUGCCGGUCCACAUCAUUACUCCGUGCGGGCCGGGCCGAACGGGCCAACACUGGUGGACUUCACACCGAAGCACGAACCGCACGACAUCGCCAGCGUGCGACAGGGCGCCCGGAUGCAGCAGCACAUGCCGCCGCACCACAUGCCACCCCAUGGCCCCGGCCGGCAGCAAGUGCCGCCGGCACUUUCGGUCAACCUGAAGCGACCCCCGCCGGACGAUGACGACCACCAGAUGGAUGGGCCGACGGGAAGCGCGAAACGCGGCACAGACGAUCCGGUGGGCAUGCCGAGGCCGCCGUUGACGCGUGGGGAAUCCCUGCCGGCUGUGCCGUUUGUGCCGGACCGCCAGCCGACCUACAAGGACAAACAUCCCGUUCGGACCGCUUCGUUCGAUACGGCUGCCUUCAAGGCACUCGACCAGAAACAACAGAACGUGGGGAUAUUUGUGAACGCCCCAGUCAUGCCCCGAGUUUAUCCGAACGUGAUACCGAUACCGCCCGUCUCGAUGGGGGGCGACACGCCGCACACACCGCCGACACCGUCCGUCGCACCGUUGCAAAGUCCGAUGGCAAACCUAAUGUCGAUCACCGAGACCCUUCCGCCCGGCAGUCCCCGCAAUGGGCCAAGCCCACCGGGGCCACCGCCACCGCGGACCGCGUCCCGAGGUUCGCAGCAUUCGCCGAACAGUUCCGGAUCCUCCAGUGGACGACGUUCUUCCGGUUCGAGGCAUGUGUCAAGCACGACGGUCACCUCGUCUGAGGCUCAGCAACCGAACUCCUCGGUGCCGGGUAGUGGCGGCGGAUCGACGACACCGAACGGAAGCAUUGGCCCCGGCGGUGUUGGUCCGAACGGUGGAAAUGGUACGCCACCUGUUCCGAUGGGCCCCGGUGGCCCUAUGGGAGUGCCGGGACAACCGAUGUCCCAGCAAUUACCCCCGCUGCCUCCCCAGUCGCAAGCACAAUCCCAGCAACCGCCUCCGGACGGUGUACCCGGGCUCGGUGGUGCAGGUCCUGGCCCGAAUCCUGUCGGUCCCAACUCCAGCCCGGCCCCUCCCCCCGGUAGUGUGGCGGGAAGCGGGUCCGGCAGUGGAAGUGGCCCUGGUGGAGUACCUGUUAGUGGUGGUCCGGGUGGGCUUCCACCGCCACCCGGUUCGGCAGCGAGUAAUGCACCACCGGGCAGUGGACCAGCCCCGGCACCGGCCCCGAACCCAACACUCAAGUGCACCCUUUGCCAGGAGCGACUGGAAGAUACCCACUUCGUGCAGUGUCCGUCGGUUGGGCAUCACAAGUUCUGUUUCCCCUGCAGUCGGGAGAGCAUCAAGCGACAGGGCUCCGGAGCGGAAGUGUACUGCCCGAGUGGGGAAAAGUGCCCCCUGGCCAACUCGACGAUACCGUGGGCAUUCAUGCAGGGUGAGAUCGCAACGAUCCUCGGCGAAGAGCUGAAAGUAAAGAAGGAGCGCGAAACGUAGAGAAGUC